UCUGCUACGUCAAGUAUGCUCUCGUUUACUCUGCUCGGUUUGUGCUGUGUGGCUUUGCCUCACCUAUCAUUUCAGCAAGUGCUGCCAGAUCCUCAGACCGUCACUGUUGAUCCUUGCACGGAUGUGACGCCACGUAACUGCUACCAUGCCAAGCUGCUCGGUCACAAAGUCAGCGGAGUGUAUGUCAUCGAUCCACGCGACGGUCUGGGCUCAUUCACAGUUUACUGUGAUAUGGAAACAGACGGUGGAGGAUGGACGGUAUUCCAACGCAGAAGAGACGGAUCUGUUGAUUUCGAUCGCAACUGGAAUGAAUACAAACAGGGAUUUGGAAACGUGUGGGGAGAAUUCUGGCUUGGACUUGACAAAAUCCAUCGUUUGUCAGUCGGAGUGAAACUUCGAGUAGAUCUGAUGUCGUUUGAUGACGAGAAAGCUUAUGCUUUGUACGAAGACUUUAGUGUCGGUGACGAAGCGUCAAUGUACGUUCUUUAUUUUGGAUCUUACUCUGGAACUGCAGGAGACUCCCUAAGAAGUCACAUCCUCAAAAGCAUGAAAUUUACUACUAAAGAUUCUGACAACGACAAGUCUGAAAGUAAUUGCUCUACACUUUAUCCAGGCGGUUGGUGGCACAACACAUGUUAUCAUGCAAAUCUUAAUGGAUUGCACGUUUACAACGGCAAGGGGUGGCAACACGUUGUAUGGCUCGCGUUCAAAUCAACAAACUGUUUGCAGAAAACCGAGAUGAAAGUGAGGAAUGGUUAAAUUGUCAGAGAAGAACUGAAGUAUUGCACGCGUGACAAUUUUGAGCUAAUGUGCUCAUCGUAUUUUGUGUAUGUGACGCAGUGUCACAACGCGACUGAUAUUUGCUAAUACGUUUGUGUGCAGCAUUAAA